UGAAGGCAGUCUGUAUUAGUGAUUCAUGGUGGUUAUUUGCUAUCCUAUUGCGGGAUGUCAACUAUCGUGGAAAUACUCUGCUAUUAUUUAUGUGUGCAUGCAUACAACCAACUUCACAGGGAUGUCAACUAUCGUGGAAAUACUCUGCUAUUAUUUAUGUGUGCAUGCAUACAACCAACUUCACAGUUUUUUUAAAGAUCUCUGACUCCUCUGAGUAUCUCAAGUCCUUAUUACAGAGUGCGUACCACCUGGCCACUUCCAAAGAAUUGAUUGUAAACUUUAUGGAUUAUGAGAAUUGUUUAAGUUGAAUAGGUGAAUAUUUGGUUCACUACAGGAUAUCCAUGACAACUAAUGGAUAUUAUUUCUUCUUCACUACAGCUAGAUCAUCGUCGUUUGAUAGUAAUAAUGUUAAUAUCACCUUAUCCUUAAAUCUAUUUAUGAGGGUUUAAUUUUUGUUGUUGUUGCAAGUUUUGUAAUAAAUAGUAGGAUAAACAUUUCUC